UCCCCCACAUAACAACAACUGCCAUUUCAGCAACACACACGUUCUUCCACGAUUACAGCUUUAUGCUUACAGACGUUCUACUUGUGGUGUAGAAUUAGACGGGGGGUUUUUUGGUCACAAUUAUUUAAAAAAAGAAAUAAAUUGUGAGUUGUUGCUAACGUAUUCAAAGCAGUUGGCAUUACGUUUGUCGGGCGUGUUUGUGGAAUGUCCUUUUCACUUCCUUCUCUGAAGCAAAGUAACGCAGCGUGACUGUGGUCGGGAGGACAUAUAAUGCAGGACCCAAACGCAGACACAGAGUGGAAUGACAUCCUUCGGAGAAAGGGCAUCCUUCCGCCCAAGGAGAAACCAAACCCGGAAGAGGAACAGAUUGUACAGCAGCAGCAGCAGUCAGUGGUGAAAACGUAUGAGGACAUGGGUCUGGAUGAGCUGGAGGAGAACGAGGAUGAGUUCAGUGAGGAGGAUGAGCGGGCGAUUGAGAUGUACAGGCAACAAAGAUUAGCUGAAUUGAAAGCCACCCAAUUGAAAAAUGUAUUUGGGGAAGUUACUGAGAUAUCUGGACAAGAAUAUAUACAACAAGUAAACAAAGCUGGUAAAGACAUCUGGGUCAUCCUGCAUCUCUACAAACAGGGCAUCCCCCUCUGUACUUUGAUAAAUCAGCAUCUCGGUUCACUAGCAAGGAAGUUCCCACAGACAAAAUUUCUGAAGUCAAUCUCGACAACCUGUAUACCCAACUACCCUGACAGGAACCUGCCAACUAUAUUUGUAUACCAUGAGGGCGACAUGAGAGCACAGUUUAUUGGUCCACUAGUUUUUGGGGGCAUGAAUUUAAAAAUAGACGAACUGGAAUGGAAGCUUUCAGAAUCGGGUGCAAUUAAAACAGAUUUGGAGGAAAACCCCAAAAAACAAAUCGAGGACAAGCUGAUGACAUCAAUCAGGUGCACGGCUCCGACAAAAAAGGAUAGCGAUUCAGAAGAUGACUAUUAGCCGAUGAUUUUUAUUCUAUUUUAAAAUCAUGAUACACCUUUGGUCUGGCAUUCAUGGAUCCAGUGUUAAAAUCUAUUACAUGCCUUCCUUCUCUAUAUUGUGGCAAAAUUCAGCAUCUGUCACUGUAGCAAAUAGUUUUUUUUUUCCUCUGAAAACGUGAUAUCAACUGAAUUAACUGUAUGUACACAGAAAAGCUUGCCAAGGUGGAAAAUAUAUUCUCAAAGGACUUCAGUAUUGUAAAGUGUUUGUAGAUCGUGUAAAACAAGUAAACUUUACAUACCUACAGCUAAGAAACUGCAAACAUUAUUGUAUAUUCCUGUUUUGUAAACAAAAAAAAAGAAAUCUUUGCAACAACUAAAUUAUGAAACUGGUCUCAUAAAAUAAAGAACAGAAAUGCAUUGUUUUUAAAGUAUAAACCACAAAAAAUCCCUUCA